ACAAAAAACCAAUAAUACAUAAACAAAACUGUUAUUUUAAUCAUUAUCAAACAGACACACAUAUACAUCAAGAAAUAUGUAUAUGGCUUCAUUCCCACAAAGUCAGUAACACUUUACACUUCCAUCAUCCUUUCCAUUGUAUAUUCUUUCUUCAUUCUUCUUUCACUUUACCCAAUUUAUGACAAUGGGGAUCACAAACAAAAUAUCUCUAGUGAUUACAACCACAUUGUUCAUUCAAUAUUCAUUAGCACUAUUGCACCCCAUUGAUUUUUUAGCACUACAAUCCAUCAAAAAAUCACUAGAAGACAUGCCUGGUUCCACCUACUUUUCUUCAUGGGACUUCACUUCCGAUCCCUGUAACUUCGCAGGCGUGUUCUGCGUGGGCCAACGAGUCGUUACAUUAAACCUCGGUGACCCGCGCGCUGGCACGCCUGGUCUGUCCGGACGACUUGAUCCGGACAUUGGAAAAUUAAAAAAUCUUGUUGAAUUUACACUUGUACCCGGUCGGGUCAUGGGUGCGAUUCCCGCGACUUUAUCGGAGUUGAAAAAUCUCCGGUUUAUCGGAAUUAGCCGGAAUUUUAUCUCCGGCGAGAUUCCGGCGACGUUGGGGGAGCUUACUGGGUUGAGGACACUUGAUCUGAGUUAUAAUCAGCUCACCGGAAAUGUUCCGUGGGCCGUCGGAAACUUACCGGCGUUAACUAACGUCGUUAUGUGUCAUAACCGGUUAUCCGGUUCAGUACCGGCUUUUGUUUCUCAAACUCUAACCCGGUUGGACCUUAAACAUAAUAAUUUAUCCGGUUCAAUACCUCCCGGUUUUUUACCUUCCUCGUUACAAUAUCUUUCUCUUUCUUGGAACCGGUUUUCUGGACCGGUUGAUGUUUUAUUAUCUCAACUGAACCGGUUGAAUUAUUUGGAUUUGAGUUUAAACCGGUUUACCGGUCCAAUACCCGGUUCGGUUUUUGGUUUCCCGAUUAGUAACCUUCAACUCGAGCGGAAUAUGUUUUCUGGGCCGGUUCAGCCGUUUAAUGAAGUUGUGAUCCAGACCGUUGAUCUGAGCCAUAACAUGUUGUACGGAGAAGUGUCUCCAUUGUUCUCAAGCGUAAAGAAUCUUUACCUUAAUUAUAACCGGUUCACCGGUUCGGUUCCAACCACAUUGGUGGACCGGUUGUUGGCUGGAGAGGUUGAGUUGUUGUACCUGCAACAUAAUUAUUUGACCGCGGUUCCAAUGAACCCGAACGCCGCGAUCCCGAUGAGUAGUUUGUUGUGUUUACAGUAUAAUUGUAUGGUGCCACCGGUUCAGACCUCGUGCCCGGUUGAAGCCGGGACACAGAAGACCCGACCAGCGUCGCAGUGCAUGCAAUGGAAAGGGUAAAAUCAAUGUUUUAAAAUCCGGUGUUUAUACCGUACAGAAUUUGACUCAGAAAAAGGUUUAACAGGGGUGUAUCGGGCGGUUCAACCGGGUGUACUGACGGUUUAACCGGUUCUACCGGACUAUUCCAUUGGUACAACCGGCCGGUUUGAACCGGUUUUAAAAAUAUUGGGUAAAAUUGGAAUUUUACUCGUGUAGUUUUAUUUAUUGUGUUGUAUAUAUGAUUAUAAUUUAUUGGAA